GCUUAUUCCUACUGCCAACUGUUGGAGGAAAUGUGGGUGGAGACGCACUUCCACUGAAUCAGAGGCGCAACAUUUCCAGUAACAACUUUCCAUAUCAGGAAGUGUUUCACUGUGAGACGCUGGCAUUACACCUCAGGCAAGCAGAAAACUGCGUUCCCACCACAUACAGUAGAUCGUAGCUGAGUUUGUUUGUUAUUGGAAGUAGAAGUGGAAUACAUCGAUUCAAAAUGGAGUUAAAGAGGUGAUCUGGAGUCUGGGAAAUGUCGAGUUCGCGAUCGGAUAUGUUUUGUCCUGCUUAUUUUAGGGACUAUUGCAACAGCUCUCUCUGGCCAGAAUCUGGACUGUACCAACGACUUCGACAAUACUUGGUUUUGCCAAUUGGAAGCACAAAACUGCACUGAAUACAAUGUGUCUCUAUGGAGCAUCGACAGAUAUGGUGAUACACAUUGCAUUUUCAAACAGUGUGAAGUUGGACAAUGUUGUUGCUCUUUCAAAAUGAUGUGUAUUCUGGGAGCGACUUAUAACGCUACACUUUCGAAAGGAGGUAAAAGCAUGAAGUCCAAAAUCAUCAGCGUGAAGGACAGCAUAAAGCCCAAAACCCCAACAAUCAUCUCAGUGAAAGAAUCCAAUGGGAAUUUUCAAAUCAAGUGGAACGCAAACACGAUUGGCAGUUUUGGUCAAAGCUUGAAAGCUAAUGUGACUUACCAUAAAAAAGGAGACGCAGAAAAGGUACCUGUGCAUUUCAAACCAACUACAGUAAAUGGACUGAAUUACUAUGAAAUACUUGGUCGACACUUGAAGCCAAGUACAACAUAUGCAGUCAGCGUGAAAAGCUACACAGACUGGAGUGAAAAGUACAGUGACAGUAGUGAAGAAAUAGAAUUCACAACCCCUAUGUCCCCAAAUGACCUGUCCCUGGCUAUCAUCGUCAUCCUCUGUGUUGCCGCUGUCAUCAUCAGCGCUGCUAUAUAUGGCUGUUAUUUAAAGCUCAAAACAAGGUGGAGGGACGUAGUUGCCAAAUGUCCAAAUCCCAAACUACUGCUUAUGCAUCCAAGCAAGCAAGGGGUCCUGAAGCCUGUGUCACCCAUCAUCUCGUCUGUCCGUGUUGAGCCCCAUGUUCCAGAGGAAAGCAAACCAUGGCUGAAAGACACAAGCGGUGGGAGCCCUCAGCAAAGCAGUGAGAGUACUGGCUCAUCUUGUCUCAGUUAUGCUACUACAGAACCUGCCAACAUUAUAGCCGGUGUCCAGGAUGCCCUUGAAAAACUCUUUCCAAAUAUCAGCCCGAUAUCAACUUUGACCACCAAUCCACCUACAGAAUCAAACAAAGACCAAUGGAGUUUGCUCUCCCCUUCCUACAACCCUUGUGAUGUCAGAGCUGAUAUCAUGAGUGUUGGAUCAGAUGGCUUUGACAAUCAAACCUAUUUCCUCAGUCCCAACUGUGUUGACCAACAGGCACCAGCUGGUCCGCUUGUUAAUUUACCACCAGUGGUUUCAUCUCUGGUGCCAACAGAAAUGUCAUAUGAUCAGUGCAAUGCAGAUUCUUUGGGAUGUUCACAUGCAGAAGGCUCCAGUUUGUCCUCCGUCUUUAGGGGAACCAACACAAUUGCGUCAUGUGAUUCUGUGUUCAGAUUUGAGGCAGAGUGUGAGAGCUUUGAUGAAGCGGUCCUUGGUGUAACAAAGCUACAUGAAAAAACUGAAGGGGGUAUUAUAUGUGAUGAAAACCCCUUCUACAGGUGUGCACCUGCAGGCUCACACAGCCUCCCUCCAGUGCAUGACGACUACCAGCCAUUUCAGGAUCUGGUGAAGCAGCCUGAUAUUUUGUUUUCAGAGGAGAGAAGUGGUGAGAAAGAGGAACGUUUGACUAAAUAUCCAGACAAGUCAUUCACCAAGAUGCCUCAAAGCUUCGUUGGACCCGUUGCCCCAGGUUCCAUUAACAAUGUCCAUGUUGGCCAGGGUCUUUCCGAGCUCCAAAGACAUUUACUCUCUGGGAUCCCUGCUGACCAGUCUAUGCCAUUAAUCACAGAAAGCGGCUAUCACAGUGUCUAGCUCUGAAUCUUUAUGCGUUUUAUUUUUUUGUGCAAUUUUUCCUUUUUUUAUCAUUGAGAAACUUCGAUGACGAUAUAACCGACCGUGUGAAUGGCAAUCAAAUGUGUAACAUGACUCAAGUUUAAGUGGGAAAACGCAGUCCUGUCGUCAUCCAUAUCUGUUUACGAAGAUCAUGUGAUAUGACCGAAAGCUCCCCAGGUAACAGUUAAGAAAUGCACUUUGAGUAGACAUUGUUCUUUCCACUGACAUGACGGCGGGCAGCGAUCCAAGGCAAAAAAAAAACCGUCUUUGCACCUUAAGAGCAGUUGAUUUGUUGAAUUUGUGAAUACUUUGCAACAGUGUAUGAUUGAUUUUGAUGUUUUAAAUGUAUGCAUGUUACAAAUUCUUGGAAGAAAACGGCUCACAUAUGUAUGUAUGAGUAAACAGAAGAGUCAUUUCUGGUAGAUUAUUUUAAUCUCUCUGAGCUUGAUUUGACCAGGGGAGUCGUCACAAGAAAAUAGCAUAUGUACCCAAUUGGGCCAUCAAUACUGAGCCUUUUGAGGAGUUUUACAUUGAACUGACUGAGCCCUGCGUCUGAAACAAGUCAGGUAUUGCAUUGAUCGGAGGCUAUUCAGGGUUGAGAAAUGACUUCAUCAUAGCUCUUCUCUGGAACUGUUGAGCCACUUCGCCUCAUCAAAAAAAAGAGAUCUAAGACUUGAAGGAACUAAUUUCAACAUACAAUAUAUUCAGUUCACUAUAUGCAAAGAAAUGGUAGAAUACUGGGAAUACGUGAAAGAAAUGUUACUAUUAAGGCACAUAUUAUCAUAUUAUCUUGAGUUGUGUUUGCUUUAAAUGGACAUUGCUUCUGAGUUUGUUAUGUUGUUUUAUUGUAAAUCUACAAUUGUGCUUUUGUGGCAGAAGAUAUCUUUGAUAUAUAUUGUCGUGGAAUUCAGCCGAUAUAAACUAAACCAAAGGGUGCUGAGAAGUAAAUCUAUUAUACUGAAAUAAAGAUACCUGGUUAAAGAAG